CACUUUAUAGCACCCACUGUGUAUCGGAUCGCACAAUACGAAUAGUAACAUUGUUUACAUGUACUUUGUAACAAACCACGCUUGAGUCAACUCUGCUUUGCAACUGCAUGGUUAUUUGGACCCGAAUCUAUUUGCCGUGUACCCUUUGGAACAGUCAAAAUGAACGAGGAGGAAGACUUUUUGCAGAAAACAAGGCAGGGGUUUGAAGAUCUCUGUCGAGCUUUGAAUAUGGACGAGGAGGCGAGCAACGAAGCAUGGAAGAGCUACGAAAACAUAAGCAAAAAUUACACAUUAGAGGUAAACAUGUUUUGCAUUGUAUAUUGUACAGUAAUAUACAUUUAGCCAUUUUGGAAACCGGUUUACCGCAGGCUUCACUUGCAGAAUAGCAUUGCCUCUACCUUUCAUGACCGACAUUUUAUGUCGUCCCAUUUUAUAUUUAAAGACGCAGCUUGUAUUACGUUUGUAGUUUUACAUGAAUAUUAAAUAUAAAACUGCAUUAUUAGUGAACAAUUUCUGUGGAAAGGGGAGGAGUUUACCGGUCUGAAUUUAUGGUCUGUGUCAGGGUUUAGAAUAGGACAAGGUUAACUAGGGUUAGGGGUUCCCAACCUUUUCCCCCCAGGGCCCCCUUUUUCACGUUUGAAAAAUUUCACAACACAUUUUUAUUUAUUGAGAUAGCCUAUAUUAAAUAUACCACCAGCUUGAUUUUGUUUAAUUUGAGGGACCUAGGAAAAUGUUAUUGUUUUUGAAGCUCAUUUCCUGCAAUUUUACAUAAUUAGUUUAACAAGACAUCAUGACAUCUUUUAGGUAGGCUAUUUAAUGAUAAUAAUAAUAAUAAUGCAUACUGAAAAUAAACUCUACACCCGAUUUCCCCAAAUGUUAUUCUGCUACCAAAUAUGUUUUAUUAAGAUAAUUUAUAUGAACCCUCAAUGUAAUGAUACAUAUUCUCUUUUACAGAAAGUGAUUAGAUCAAUUGAUAGCGACAGUCGCACAUUGUAUAAGAUUAUUUCCCAUGCAAAGUCCCAUUUCUUUGACUCCUCGACUUUAGAAGGUCUUAGCUCAGUUUCUGAAUGUCAUAGACAAAUAUAUUCCCAUGGUCAUCAGUCUUUCUCUGGCAUUUUACUGCUUGUUUCUAGCCUAAAGCAUUGCAGAUUUAUUAAUAGUUUUAGAUUGGUAUAAAAACAAUCGCAAAUUGUAAAAUGUAAAAAUAAAUAAAAAUAAUUACUCCUCAAAUCAAGGAAGGUCCCACACCCCCCAAUGACAUGUUGCCGCCCCAUAUGUACGGCGCACCCCCUAAGUUGGCAACCCCUGGUUUAGAAAAGGGGGCACUGCUCUUUGGUCAUAACACUGAAUGAUCGAACUUACUUAACAUUUUAAUAAUAUAAUAAUAAUAUAAUAUGCCAUUUAGCAGACGCUUUUAUCCAAAGCGACUUACAGUCAUGCGUGCAUACAUUUUUGUGUAUGGGUGGUCCCGGGGAUCGAACCCACUACCUUGGCGUUACAAGCGCCGUGCUCUACCAGCUGAGCUACAGAGGACCACUUUUAACGUAUGGUAUAAUUAUGGAUAUCAUGGUUGUUAUAAUAAAGUCUGCAUUGGGCAUAUGCCUUAUUCACAAACCUUUCCUCAUAAGGGAUAGCCAACUGCUGUAUCUGUGUAAGGUUUAUUUGGAGGUGGUUUGACAGAAAAUUAGGAAUAUGGAUAACAGAAGAGACCACUAGAGGGGAGAAUUUCUAACAUGGCAUAUCUCAUCUCUGGCCCCACCAGCUCUGACUGGUGUCCUUAAUAGGGAGAUAGAGCCUGGGACAGAAAAAGUAACACUCUCUCUCUCUCUCUCUUUCUCCAUCCCCCUUUCUUACAGGGCAGUGAGCUACACUGGUUAGCCUGUGCUCUCUAUGUGGCCUGCAGGACAGCCGUACCAACGGUGGGUAAGGGCACAGCAGAGGGAAACUAUGUCUCUCUGACCAGGAUCCUCAGCUGUUCAGAACAAAGGUACGUACGCCCAGGCACUCAUCCCUAUGGUCCGGUUUCGGGGACACAGAUUAAGCCUAAUCCUAGACAAUGGAGAUUAUACAUUGAACGGGCCUCUUAGUCAAGUACUAGGCUCAAUCUGUGUCCAGGAAACUGGCCCUAAAUGUGCCCCACUUCAUAUGUAACUUACUAAAGGACUUUCACACAAAGUCCUCCAUAGAUUUGCAUAACAGUCAAUAUGGUUUCUUGCUUAGUUCUUGGAUUCUGAUUCCAACCUGCUUCUUUGUGUAAUAAAUUAUGUAUUAAUGUUAAGUAAUGCUGAACAAGGAACCACACACCUACUAACCACAGAACUGUCCUAUGUAAUAUAUAAUGAAUGAACUGGAAAAUACUGGCAUUUCUCAAACAGUUGACCUGUUUCUGAUUGCAGCCUCAUUGAGUUCUUUAACAAGAUGAAGAAAUGGCAGGACAUGGCAAGUCUGCCCCAAGACUUUCGCCAGAGCACGGAGAAGCUGGAGAGGAAUUUCACAAUUUCCGCCGUCAUCUUCAAGAAAUACGUCCCCAUAUUCAAAGCCAUCUUUAAGGCGCCCUCUGACGACCCACCCAGAGUCCACAGGAGCCGCAAACAGAGGUGAGUUAGUCGUUGAAACUGUAGCUCGCUAUUUUAUACAGUAGUUUGACCGCUCUUGGACAAAGCCAAGUAGUUGUGUGCACUCACUACUGUAAAUUGUUCUGGAUAAGAUCAUCUGCUAAAUGGCUAAAAUGUAAACAUUUAAUUGUUUCUAUCCUGGUGCCAGCCAGAUCGUGAUAUCUCUGAGCACAGUGGUCAGUCUGCUUGACCAGACUGACCACUGACUUAUUCUGAUUUAGACGCCAUCCCUGCACCGUCGCUGAAGUCUUCAACUUUUGCUGGAUUCUGUUUGUCCACGCUAAAGGUGAGUACUUCUGUUUUGUUCAUGGCAAAAGACAGGAAAAGAGGGGAGGACAGAGGGAAAGGACUAGGGCUCAGUGGGGUACUGAGAAAAGGCUAUAUGAAGUGAUCACUACUUGGUUACUCACAAAGUAUAAGUGACAAGGGCUAGCUACUCUACACUGGGCACUGGGCAUGCCAAGGCCUGCACUGAGUUGUUGGCAUCAGCAGGAGAACAGAGAACAGAGACCAGAGGCCAGGGCAAGCAGAUGUGUCAUUUUUAUAUCUCCUUAAUCCUUAAUAAGAACUCAUGCACACACACAACCAGAUCUUUAGAGGUGCGUGCUCAGUCCCCUCCUGUACUCCUUGUUCACCCACGACUGCGUGGCUGCGCACGACUCCAACACCAUCAUUAAGUUUGCAGACGACAUGGUGGUGGUAGGCCUGAUCACAGACAAUGAUGAGACAGCCUAUAGGGAGGAGGUCAGGGACCUGGGAGUGGGGUGCCAGGACAACAACAUGUCCCUCAAUGUGGGCAAGACAAAGGAGCUUAUCAUGGAUUACAGGAAACAGAGGGAUGAACACGCCCCCAUUCACAUCGACAGGGCUGUAGUAGAGCGGGUCGAGAGCUUCAAGUUCCUCAGUUGUCCACAUCACUAUGGACUUAUCAUGGUCCAAACACACCAACACAGUCAUGAAGAGGCACGAAAACGCCUCUUCCCCCUCAGGAGGCUGAAAAGAUUUGGCAUGGGCCCUCAGAUCCUCAAAGUUAUACAGCUGCACCAUUGAGAGCAUCUUGACUGGCUGCAUCACUGCUUGUUAUGGCAACUGCUCGGCAUUUGACCGCAAGUCGCUACAGAGGGUAGUGCGAACGGCCCAGUACAUCACUGGGGCCGAAUUCCCUGCCAUCCAUGACCUCAAUACCAGGCGGUGUCAGAGGAAGGCCCUAAAAAUGGUCAAAGACUCCAGCCACCCAAGUCAUAGACUGUUCUCUCUGCUACCGCACGUCAAGUGGUACCGGAGCACCAAGUCUGUGCUCAAAAGGCACCUGAACAGCUUCUACCCCCAAGCCAUAAGACUGCUGAACAGUUAAUCAAAUGGCUACCCGGACUAUUUACAUUGACCCCCUGUAUUAUUUAUUUAUUUAUCUUAAUUGUUUUGCACUGACUCUAUGCACACUCACUAGACUCUACACUCUUAGAAAAAAAGGUGCUAUCUAGAACCUAAAAGGGUUCUUUGGCUGUCCACAUAGGAGGACCCUUUGAAGAACAAUUUUUGGUUCCAGGUAGAACCCUAUUGGGUUCCAUGUAGAACCCUCUCCCCAGAGGGUUCUACAUGGAACCAAAAAUAGUUCUACAUGAACCAAAAAGGGUUCUGCCUGGAACCAAAAAAGGGUUAUCCUAUGGGGACAGCUGAAGAGCCCUUUUGGAACCCUUUUUUCUAAGAUUGUACUCACACAUACUAGACUGAAUUUGAUUUGAUUUUACUAGUGUUUGUUAGUUGAAUUAGGUGAAAGGUGACUUUGGUAAGUAUACUAUACUGUGAAAUCCAUUGUUCUAUGGACGUGGUUGAAAUAAUUACAAUUGAGGUUUGAGGCUACCAGCACUACUCUGCAGUCAACAGGAGACAUCUCUGUCUUUCAGAUCAAUUCAAUUCAACAAGCUUUAUUGGUAUGACCAGAUCAUUGAGUCAAACUAUCUUUGUGUCUUAGAAAAGCGCUGUAAAAUCCUACAUAUUAUUAUUAUUAUUAUUAUUAUUAUUAUUAUUAUUAUUAUUAUUAUUAUUUUCAAUGUCUCUUCUCUCUCCCUCCCCUGCCAGGAAACUUCCCUAUGAUCAGUGAUGACCUGGUGAACUCAUACCACCUGCUGCUUUGUGCUCUGGACCUGGUUUUCUCCAACGCUCUGCUGUGUAACACCAGGAAGGAGCUGCUCAACCCCAACUUCAAAGGUGACCUCCCAGCCCAGGCCUGUAUCCCCUCCGUAGGUCUAUAUCCCCUCCUUACUGUAUCUGCCUGAUGUCUAUAUCCCCUUCCUAUCCUCCUAUCUUCCAUAUCUCCCCCCGCACCCCCUAUGCAUACAGUGCAUUCGGAAAGUAUUCAUACCCCUUGACUUUUUCCACAUUUUGUUACAUUACAGCCUUAUUCUAAAAUGGAUUAAAUAUGUUUUUUCCUCAUCAAUCUACACACAAUACCUCAUAAUGAUGAAGCGAAAAUCGUUUUUUAGAAUUUUUUGUACAUUUAUUAAAAAUAAAAAACGGAAAUAACUUAUUUACAUAAGUAUUCAGACCCUUUGCUAUGAGACUCAAAAUUGAGCUCAGGUGCAUACUAUUUCCAUUGAUCAUUCUUGAGAUGUUUCUACCUGUGCUCAAUUAAAUUGAUUGGACAUGAUUUGGAAAGUCACACACCUGUCUUUAUAAGGUCCCACAGUUGACAGUGCAUGUCAGAGCAAAAACCAAGCCAUGAGGUCGAAGGAAUUGUCCGUAGAGCUUCGAGACAGGAUUGUGUCAAGGCACAGAUCUGGGGAAGGGUACCAAAACAUUUCUGCAGCAUUGAAGGUCCCGAAGAACACCGUGGCCUCCAUCAUUCUUAAAUGGAAGAAGUUUGGAACCACCAAGACUCUUCCUAGAGCUGGCCGCCCGGCCAAACUGAGCAAUCGGGGGAGAAGGGCCUUGGUCAGGGAGGUGACCAAGACCCGAUGGUCACUCUGGCAUAGCUCCAGAGUUCCUCUGUGGAGAUGGGGGAACCUUCCAGAAGGACAAACAUCUCUGCAGCACUCCACCAAUCAGGCCUUUAUGGUAGAGUGGCCAGACAGAAGCCACUCCCUGGGUAAAAGGCACAUGACAACCCGCUAGGAGUUUGCCAAAUGGCACUUAAAGGACUCUCAGACCAUGAGAAACAAGAUUCUCUGGUCUGAUGAAACCAAGAUUGAACUCUUUGGCCUGAAUGCCAAGCGUCACGUCUGGAGGAAACCUGACACCAUCCCUGUGGUGAAGCAUGGUGGUGACAGCAUCAUGCUGUGGGGAUGUUUUUCAGCGGCAGGGACUGGGAGACUAGUCAGGAUUGUGGGAAAGAUGAAUGGUGCAAAGUACAGAGAGAUCCUUGAUGAAAACCUGCUCCAAAGCGCUCAGGACCUCAGACUGGGGUGAAGGUUCAUCUUCCAACAGGACAACGACCCUAAGAACACAACCAAGACAGUGCAGGAGUAGCUUCGGGACAAGUCUCUGAAUGUCCUUGAGUGGCCCAGCCAGAGCCCGGACUUGAACCCGAUCGAACAUCUCUGGAGAGACAUGAAAAUAGCUGUGCAGCGACGCUCCCCAUCCAACCUGACAGAGCUUGCGAGGAUCUGCAGGGAAGAAUGGGAGAAACUCCCCAAAUACAGGUGUGCCAAGCUUGUAGCGUCAUACCCAAGAAGACUUGAGACUGUAAUCGCUGCCAAAGGUGCUUCAACAAAGUACUGAGUAAAGGGUCUGAAUACUUAUGUAAAUGUGAUAUUUCCGUAUUUUUUGUGUGGAUAAAAUAUAUAAAAACCUGUUUUUUCUUUGUCAUUAUGGUGUAUUGUGUGUAGAUUGAUGAAGGGGAAAAAAAUGAUUUAAUCAUUUUUAGAAUAAGGCUGUAAGGUAACAAUGUGGAAAAAGUCAAGGGGUCUGAAUACUUUCCGAAUGCACUGUAUAUACCCUCCCUGUCACGGAUCCCCCUGGGACUGCUGCUCAUUCCGUUCACCAGCUCCAGAGGUCUACGUCACCGGCUUUCUAGGCGUCACUGACCUGGAUCAUUACCACCAACCCCGGACUGUCUUGUCUCAUUAUGCACACCUGGUUCCCAUUCUCCCUGAUUAGUAUGUGUAUAUAUGUGCCCUCUGUUCCCCAUUGUCCUUGUCGAUUAUUGUCCCAUGUCCGUUGGUCUCAUGUGAGUACCUGUGCUCUGUUGUAUCAGCUUUCGUGCUACGUGUUACAGUACAUUGUAUUACGGUUUACAUACCGUGUAAUUGUGCACUUGUUAUUACGGGUCCAUGUAUAAUUUAGAGGUUUACACCUUACAUGUAUAUUUAGAGGUUUACACCUUACACCUUACUGUAUAUAUAUGUGUUUGUUUCGUUUUUCAUGACGUACCUUAUGUUGGGUAGAGAAAUAAAAAAAACUAUUACGUAUUCCUGCACCUGCCUUCUACCAUUAUAUACAACGUGACACUCCCUAUCUUCCUAUAGAUAACAACAUUGAUAGUAUCCAACCAGUAUCCGUGUACGUGUGUGCAGGCAUGCAUGCAUACAUGUGUGGUUACUCACAUGAUCCGUACGUAGAGUAUGUUCAAUCUGUAUGGUCCUUUUUUGGAUACGAAUAUGCAUAGUUACUGUAAUAUCUUAUCACUUGCAUCUAAUGCAGGAAGCUGCUAUGUCUCGUCUGAUCCACAGGCCUUUCUGAGGACUUCAGCAGUAAAGACUACAAGCCCACUGCAGGGCCCUACUGCUUCAUAGAACAGCUGUGUGAACUGCAUGAUGGCCUGGUGCUGGAGGCAAAGGGGGUCAAGGAACACUUCUGGAAACCCUUCAUCAAGAGGCUCUUCCAUAAGAAGGUUAGGCACACACACACACCUCAGUCCUACACACACACACACACACACACACGCACACACACACACACACACACCUUAGUCCUACACAGUCUACUUGUCUGCCUUGUCUCAUCAUGGAUAUUCUGUGUCAUCAACAGAUUCUCAAAGGGAAAGAAGAUAGCUUGACUGGCUUCUUCGAUCCUAUGAAUUUUGGAGACAGUUUGUAAGUGUCAAUCCUUAUCUGGUCUCUCUGCACAGAGCAGAUAUUGAUAGUCUUUUGAGUGAUAUUCAAGGUUUCAUAUACACAGAGUGUACAAACCAUUAAGAACACUUGCUCUUUCCAUGACAGACUGAUCAGUUGAAUCCAGGUGAAAGCUAUGAUCCCUUAUUGAUGUCACUUGUUAAAUCCACUUCAAUCAGUGUAGAUGAAGGGGAGGAGACAGUUUAAAUAAUGAUUUUUAAGCCUUGAGACAAUUGAGACAUGGAUUGUGUAUGUGUGCCAUUCAGAUGGUGAAUCGACAAGACAAAAGCUUUAAGUGCCUUUAAACAGGGUAUGGUACUGCCAGGCGCACCGGUUUGUGUCAAGAACUGCAACGCUGCUGGUUUUUCACACACAACAGUUUCCUGUGUGUCUCAAGAAUGGGCCACCACCCAAAGGACAUCCAGCCAACUUGACACAAUUGUGUCAACAUGGGCCAGCAUCCCUGUGGAACGCUUUCGACACCUUGUAGAGUCCAUGCUCCGACGAAUUGAGGCUAUUCUGAGGGCAAAAGGGGGAUGCGACUCAAUAUUAGGAAGGUGUUCCUAAUGUUCGGUAUACUCAGUGUAUUUGUGUGUGUGUGUCUAGUGCGUCCAUGGGGCGUGUGUAUGAGGAGCAUGUUCUAGCCACAGGGGGUCUGGAUGAGAGGAUCUUCCUGGGAGAGGGGGCAAACGAAUACAUCGGCACACCAGGCCACUGUCUCUGUGAGGGAGUAAAGAACCAGGACGCCUCCGUAUACAGACUCUACAGCAGUCUGACUGUAAGACGCACACACACACACACAUUAUUAUACAUUAUUGCUUGUUAUGUAUGAAAUGUGCUGCUGUUAUUAGGAUUAGUGUAACACACAAACACACAUACACGUCUUUUGUCUUUGAGUCUCAAUUCAAUGCAUAUGUACAGUAAUCCCUGUGUUAUGUCUCCUAUGUGUGUCCUGUAGGCCUCAGCCUUUAAGGUGUCUACUCCCCUGACGGGUCUUAAGUAUGUCCAGGACAACUGUCUGGGCACGCCGGUAUCUACAGCCAUGCAGAGUGUUGGCCGACUCCACAGCCUGCUCACAGGACUCAAACACAGCCCCAGUGGCAGACUCACAGACUUACUGAGGUAUUGCACACAAUAAAAAUAAUAAAAUAUAUUCUAUGCUGCACACAACCACACCAGUGGCCCAGAACAUUUUGAAUGGGGUGGCCCAGAACAUUUUGAAUGGGGUGCCCCAGAACAUUUUGAAUGGGGUGGCCAAGGUGGGGCACAGACCCAGUUAAGGGGGACCAAAAAAACAUAAGGGUAUUAGCAUAAAGUAGUAAAUUCACUUGAAAUUGGCAUCCAAAGUGCGAAUUAUACCGUGACAUUCAGGGGUCAAAUUUUUUUUUUUUACAGGACCUCCUAUGUGUGCGCUUUUUUUUAAUGGACUUCAUGGUAAAGACGUAAUUUAACCUCUACGGGAUCGGUGUCCCGUAUACGGGACGGUUGAGCUAACGUGCGCUAAUGUGAUUAGCAUGACUGUUGUAAGUAACAGCAAACUUUCCAGGACAUAGACAUGUAAUCUAACUGCACUGUCCAAUUUACAGUAGCUAUUACAGUGAAAAAAUACCAUGCUAUUGUUUGAGGAGAGUGCACAACAACUAAAACUUAUCACGGCAACUAGUUUGAUACAUUCACCUCUGAAGGUAAAUAAUGUACUUACAUUCAGUAAUCUUGCUCUGAUUUGUCAUCCUAAGGGUCCCAGAGAUAAAAUGUAGAAUAGUUUUGUUUGAUAAAAUCAAUUUUUAUAUUCAAAUGUAGGAACUGGGUUCUACAGUUUGAACCCCUGCUGUCUCUUAUUCCACACCCACCCCGCCCGGCCAUCUAGAUGUGUGAAAGUUAGUGUAUAAGCUAAUGAUCCAUCAUGUAUGACAUUCCUGGGAGUGUGUAAACUUACAUUUUGUAUUACCAUAUCAUUUUUGUAAAAUGUAUCAAUUGACCAAUUCAGCACAUUUGAGCAGACUUGAUACAAAAUAGUCCAGUAUUGCAAUGCUUCACUGGAUCAAUCUGAAACCUUGCACACACACUGCAGGCCAUCUAGUGGCCAAAAUCUAAAUUGCGCCUAAACUGCAAUAUUAUAUUGUGGCCUUUCUCUUGCAUUUCAAAGAUAAUAAAAAAAUAUAUUUAAAAAACCCACCUGUUUUUUUUGUUUGUAUUAUCUUUUACCAGAUCUAAUGUGUUAUAUUAUCCUACAUUAAUUUCACAUUUCCACAAACUUCAAAGUGUUUCCUUUCAAAUGGUAUCAAAAAUAUGCAUAUCCUUGCUUCAGGUCCUGAGCUACAGGCAGUUAGAUUUGGGUAUGUCAUUUUAGGCGAAAAUUGAAAAAAAGGGUUUGAUCCUUAAGAGGUUAACUGUAAAAAUGUGUUACCUUUUAAUGUGUCAUGAACACAACCAGUCAUGAUGUUUUAAUCUAAUUGUCAAACAAAUCACAUCAAUAUGUAGGUUAAGUAGGUUCUCUGCGCACGUUAGUCCAGCAUCCGAACAGUGCACUGUGCACCCGCCAUUUGAAUGGAAAGGGACACUAUUACAAACACCGUAAGUGUAAUGACAUUCAGCCUACAAAGUGGUGUGUAUUCAUGAUGCCAAGGGAAGCCAGGCUUCACCCACAUUUUUUAAAAAUAAACAAACUUAUAAUGUGAUUUCUCAUUUGUGUCUAUCCAUGUUGCAUAAUUUUCCUUCAAUUUGCAAGAAGCUGAAUCUAAUUCAACAGAGAAAGCAUCCGAGCCAGGCAAACAGCGCCCCUCUGUCUUAGUAUCUAUAGUACAAAGACACAGGGGCACUGUUUGCCCCACACGUACUGUAUGCUUUCUCUAGUGAGAUUGAUGAGUCUUGCUGAAGGUGUUUGUCUCGGUCAAAAUUAUCAAUAUAUUCAGAGACAACCUAUCGGAUCUAAAAAUGUCUGCGGGGACACUUGGGUGGCCAAUCAGAUUCCACAUUCUGUGUGUGUGAACCACAUACAGAAUGUUAUUAUUUAGUGUUUUAUGUCUUGGAUAGGCCUUACCUUUUCAAAUACUUACCCAUUCUUAUAUUGUUACCACACUGAAGUGUGCAGUUGUCCAUUUUCAUUUCAGGUUGUUAGUAUUUGAGCCAUGAAGGGUGUUAUAACAGUUUUGGGGUGUAAGUAUGAGUCUGGAGGGUGGUGUAUCAGUAACUGUGUCUGUCUUGUUUCAGGGCGUGUGCCAGAGACCCCAGUGAGGCCAUCUCCACUAGGCUGAAGGACAUGUGCCAGCUCUUUUGUCAGCACUUUGAGGGCAACGGGGAGGAGAACGCAGGACUGGGGAAAGACAUUGCAGUGAAGUACUUCCGCCUGGCGGAGACGCUCUACUAUAAAACCCUGGAGGCCGUCAUUGACCAGGAGAAGGAGAGACUGGGUGACACAGACCUCUCUGUGAGUCUCACCUGCCCUGCGCUGCCCUGCUAGCUUAGCUCAGUUUGCUGUAGCUAACUAGAAUUUUCACACAAAUUUCCCAUUGACGUCAAAGCAUGAUUUAUGCAACGGUCCAAGUUACGUUCUUAUAUUUUCAGCUCACAUAUACACUGAGUGUACAAAACAAUAGGAACACCUGCUCUGUCCAUGACAGACUGCCCAGGUGAAUCCAGGGGAAAGCUAUCAUCCCUUAUUAAUGUGACCAGUUAAAUCCACUUCAAUCAGUUGGGUGGGGGAGGAGACAGGUUAAAGAAGGAUUUUUAAGCCUUGAGACAAUUGAGACAUGGAUUGUGUAUGUGUGACAUUCAGAGGGUGAAUGGGCAAGACAAAAUAUUUAAGUGCCUUUGAACCGGGUAUAGUAGGUGCCAGGCGCACCGGUUUGAGUGUGACAAGAACUGCAACGCUGCUGGGUUUUUCACGCUCAACAGUUUCCCGUGUGUAUCAAGAAUGGUCCACGACCCAAAGGACAACCAGCCAACUUGACACAACUGUGGGAAGCACUGGAGUCAACAUGGGCCAGCAUCCCUGUGGAACACUUUCGACACCUUGUAGAGUCCAUGCCCAGACAAAUUGAGGCUGUUCUGAGGGCAAAACAGGGUGCAACUCAAUAUUAGGAAGGUGUGCCUUGCUUGUAAAAUAUGGAAAAGCAUUUGUUCUCUAUGGUGGAUGAGCAAUAAACCUUUUGUUCUGUUGUGUGUCCUUAGGGUAUUCUGGAGCAGGAUGUGUUCCAGCGCUCUCUGCUGGCCUGCUGUCUGGAGAUUGUCAUCUUCUCCUACCGACCCCCAGGGGACUUCCCACGAGUCAUACACAUCUUCCAGCUCCCCGCAUAUCACUUCUACAAGGUACAUACUUGUACUUAUACCUGUAUUAUGUGUUUGUAUGUGUGAUUGUCCUAGUCAUGAGUGUGUGUUAGUCAUGAGUGUAUGUGACAAGACAAUAUGUCACUUUCUCCCCUUUUGUCUGUGUGCGUUUGUGCAUGCGUGCUUCCGUGGUUGCGUUCAUGCAUAUCUGUGUAAUGUAUCUCAGGUGAUUGAGGUGCUGGUACGGGCAGAGCAGGGCUUGUUCAGGGAGGUGGUGAAGCAUCUGAACCAGGUGGAGGAACAGGUCCUGGAGAGCCUGGCCUGGAGGGGGGGAUCCCCGCUCUGGGACAGCAUCAGGGGGGCCAAGAACCAGCCACCAGCCUGCCAGGAGGUAGGACAUCCACAGCACCCCUCCUUAUCCCCACCCUACCCCUACUCAUCACGUGUACAGCUAGGAAAAUGGUGCCAAGUUUCACUUCUCACACACAUGCUGAAUCAUGUGACCCCAAAGUAACUCUGAAUUCAAUGUCUUGAAAAAGAUGGACUGUACUGAAAUCAGGACAAAAUAACAAUAUUUCUCAUUGAUGUUCAGGUGAUGCCACCGCAGCACCUGGAGGAUGGGGACCGAGGCAGCAGUGCUGGCAGCGCCCCUCUCACCCCUAACAACCAUGGCACUGACCUAAGCGCCAACAGUGGUGGGAAAGGUUAGUCAUUUAGCUUGUUAGCUAGUCAGCCAGACAUUCAGUCAGGCAGUCAAUUUGUCUGUCAGUUGUGUAAUAACUCAUUCAAAUAGUCAGUCAGUUGGUUACCUCCUCCCUCCCCCUCUCAUCCCCCCCCCAGAUGUUUCUCCCUCUCCCGCCACCUUGUUGGACCGCUACAGCUCUCCCCCCACGGGCUCCACCAAGAGACGGCUGUUUGUGGACGCUUCCUUCGACACCCCCUCAGACCCCUCCUCCUCCACACCCACCACCACCACUACCACCACCGUCAGGACCUCCCAGGCCAUCGUCACCACCACCAUCCCUGCCGGACAGACAGUGGUCACUAUGGCAACGGCCACAGUUACCGCUAACAACGGACAGACAGUCACCAUACCUGUGCAAGGUGACGUUUGCAGAUUAAUUACUGUACAGUAUGACAUGAUGGUUUUUUGUACACCUUUGCCCCUACUGCCAAAUUAUUCUGUAUAUGAAUCCUAUAUGCAUUGUAUAGUGGGGUUUCUGACUCGGAUGCAGGUUGCUACGCUAUGAUGAAUCAUAUAAAAUGAUUGCAUACAGUGUUAUUAAUGAGCAAUCUCAUGCCCUCUGACCUCUGCAGGAAUAGCCAAUGAGAACGGAGGCAUCACCUUCAUCCCUGUCCAGGUGAGUGUGACGGGACAAGGCACGACCAUGCUCCAGCCCCUGUCUGCCCAGUCCCUGACUGGCACUUUGACCAGCCAACCACAGACCACCACCACCCUGAACAGUCCUGGCCCCCAGGGCAGCCACGCCACCAGUAAACCAAACAAGAAGCUGGCAGCCCAGGGCCCGUCCAAUAACAAGCCUCAGAAAAAGGGUUCCCUCUCGCUGUUCUUCCGCAAGGUAAGGGAAAACAAACACCAUCUCCAUCUGUCACUGAAUUUAAAGGGAUAGUUCAGGCACGUUACGAAUCUAACUCAUCUCAUCUUUUGGAUAUGGAGAAAGUAUACUGAACAAAAAUAUAAACGCAACAUGUAAAGUGUUGGUCCAAUGUUUCAAGAGCUGAAAUAAAAUGUCCCAGGAAUGUUCCAUAUGCACAAAAAGCUUAUUUCUCUCAAAUUUUGUGCACAAAUUUGUUUACAUCCUUGUUAGUGAGCAUUUCUCCUUUGCCAAGAUAAUCCAUUCACCUGACAGGUGUGGCAUAUCAAGAAGCUGAUUAAACACCAUGAUCAUUACACAUGUGCACCUUGUGCUGGGGACAAUAAAAGGCCACUCUAAAAUGUGCAGUUUUGUCACGUAACACAAUGCCACAGAUGUCUCAAGUUUUGAGGGAGCGUGCAAUUGACAUGCUGACUGCAGGAAUGUCUACCAGAGCUGUCGCCAGAAAAUAAUGGAAUGUUCGUUUCUCUACAUAAGCCACCUGCAACGUUGUUUUAGAGAAUUUGGCAGUACGUCCAACCGGCCUCAGCUGCAGACCACAUGUAACCACGGCAGCCCAAGACCUCCACGUCCGGCUUCUUCACCUGUGAGAUCGUCAAUGAAACUGAGGAGUAUUUCUGUCUGUAAUAAAGCCCUUUUGUGGGGAAAAACGUCUUCUGAUUGGCUGGGCCUGGCUCCCCAGUGGGUGGGCCUGGCUCCCAAGUGGGUGGGCCUAUGCCCUCCCAGGCCCACCCAUGGCUGCACCCCUGCCCAGUCAUGUGAAAUCCAUAGAUUAAGGCCUAAUGAAUUUAUUUCAAUCGACUGAUUUCCUUAUAUGAACUGUAACUCAGUAAAAUCUUUGAAAUUGUUGCAUGUUACGUUUAUAUUUUUGUUCAGUAUAGUUUAAAUCCAUCCUAGUAUUAUGUUUCUGCCCUACUGUGCCAUAUGUGGCCAGUUUCAACCCUAAAUUUAAGAACCCCACAACUGUAGCAUUUCAUACUUGCUCGAGGUUAAAGACUCUGCUCUGUACCACCAACAGGUGUACCACAUGGCCAGUGUGCGUCUGAGAGACUUGUGUGCCAAGCUGGACAUCUCUAGUGAGCUGAGGAGGAAGAUCUGGACGUGUUUCGAGUACUCCCUGGUGCAAUGCACAGAGCUCAUGAUGGACCGACACCUAGACCAGCUCCUCAUGUGUGCAGUCUACGUCAUGACCAAGGUAGGGUUAGAGUGUGUGGGGGGGAUGUCAGUCCCUCUAGGAUUUCAUAGUUUUUUUUUGUGUGUGAUCGUUGCAGGCCAAAAUGCUUGAUUGCAAUUCCCAAUGAUUUUGUCAAUUUUGUCGCGAAAAUGCACUGACGAGGGAAAACAUUUGUUGACGUGUUGCUUGAUUGAUCCAUUUAUGCGGUAAAAGUGUGGUGAUUGGUUAAAAUUGCGAGCCCUCUUUUUGUAGUGCGGUGAUCCGACAGUUAUAUGCGGUAAUAUUGCGAUGAUUUGACUGUUGUAUGUGGUAAUAGUGUGGCGAUUGGUCAUAUUUGCAAGUACUUGGAAAAUAUGCGGGAAAUUGUUAAUUUUGCACAAAACUUUUUUUAGUGCAGAAUUGCAAAAUCCUGGAGGGAUUGGAAUGUGUGUGUUUGUGUGGGAUAUGGGUGUGCGUGUGUAAGUGCGUGUGUGCAUGGUGUGUAUAGACUGUGGUGCGUAAGGUAGCAGGCAGUGUGUGUAGCAUGCUGUGUGUGUUUGUCCUCUUCUUCAAGACAUGUUCCUACUGUCCUCUUCUUCAAGACAUGUAUAUGUGUGUUCCUACUGUUGUACAGGUGACGAAAGAGGACAAGUCAUUCCAGAAUAUCAUGAAGUGCUACCGCUCUCAGCCCCAGGCCAGCAGCAGCGUGAGUACUGUUAGUAGGGCAUUAUGCAAUGAUGUACAGUGCAUUCGGAAAGUAUUCAGACCCACGUGUGUGUAUAUGUGUAUCCUCUGUAGCUCAAUUGGUAGAGCAUGGCGCUUGUAACGCCAGGUUAGUGGGUUCGAUCCCCGGGACCACCCAUACGUAAAAAUGUAUGCGCACAUGACUGUAAGUUGCUUUGGAUAAAAGCGUCUGCUAAAUGGCAUAUUAUUAUUAUAUACAGUGCAUUUGGAAAGUAUUCAGACCCCUUGACUUUUCCACAUUUUGUUACAUCCUUAUUUUGAAAUGGAUUAAAUAAAUGUUUGUCCUCAUCAAUCUACACACAAUACCCCAUAAUGACAAAGCAAAAACAGGUUUUUAGAAUUUUUGGCAAAGAAAAUAAAAAAAUUAACUGAAAUACCUUAUUUACGGUAUUCAGACCCUUUGCUAUGAGACUCGAAAUUGAGCUCAGGAGCUUCCUGUUUCCAUUGAUCAUCCUUGAGAUGUUUCUACAACUUGAUUGGAGUCCACCUGUGGUAAAUUCAAUUGAUUGGACAUGAUUUGGAAAGGCACACACCUGUCUAUACAGUGCCUUGCAAAAGUAUUCAUCCCCCUUGGCAUUUUUACUAUUUUGUUGCAUUACAACCUGUAAUUUAAAUGGAUUUUUAUUUGGAUUUCAUGUAAUGGACAUACACAAAAUAGUCCAAAUUGAUGAAGUGAAAUGAAAAAAAUAACUUGUUUUAAUAAAUAAAUAACGGAAAAGUGGUGCGUGCAUAUGGAUUCACCCCCUUUGCUAUGAAGCCCCUAAAUAAGAUCUGGUGCAACCAAUUACCUUCAGAAGUCACAUAAUUAGUUAAAUAAAGUCCACCUGUGUGCAAUCUAAGUGUCACAUGAUCUCAGUGUAUAGAUACACCUGUUCUGAAAGGCCCCAGAGUCUGCAACAACACUAAGCAAGGGGCACCACCAAGCAAGUGGCAACAUGAAGACCAAGGAGCUCUCCAAACCGGUCAGGGACAAAGUUGUGGAGAAGUACAGAUCAGGGUUGGGUUAUUAAAAAAUAUCAGAAACUAUGAACAUCCCACGUAGCACCAUUAAAUCCAAACUUAAAAAAUUGAAAGAAUAUGGCACCACAACAAACCUGCCAAGAGAGGGCCGCCCACCAAAACUCACAGCCCAGGCAAGGAGGGCAUUAAUCAGAGAGGCAACAAAAGAGACAAAAGAUAACCCUGAAGGAGCUGCAAAGCUCCACAGCGGAGAUUGGAGUAUCUGUCCAUAGGACCACUUUAAGCUGUACACUCCACAGAGCUGGACUUUACGGAAGAGUGGCCAGAAAAAAGCCAUUGCUUAAAGAAAACAAUAAGCAAACACGUUUGGUGUUCACCAAAAGGCAUGUGGGAGAAUCCCUAAACAUAUGGAAGAAGGUACUCUGGUUAGAUGAGACUAAAAUUGAGUUUUUUUGCGUCUUCAAAGUGGUAGGCAUAUUGUGUAAAUCAAAUGAUACAAACCCCCAAAAAAUCAAUUUUAAUUCCAGGUAGUAAGGCAACAAAAUAGGAAAAAUGCCAAGGGAGUGAAUACUUUCGCAAGCCACUGUAUAUGGUCCCACAGUUGACAGUGCAUGUCAGAGGAAAAUACCCUGAUGAAGACAGCUUGUCUGUCGAAACGUUGGUUAUAGGAUAUUAAAUUAUUGCAUCUGAGCUCCUAGAGUGUGCGGCUUUCCUUUUCUUUUUCAAGAGGAAAAACCAAGCCAUGAGGUCGAAGGAAUUGUCCGUAGAGCUUCGAGACAGGAAGGGUGUCAAAAUAUUUCUGCAGCAUUGAAGGUCCCCAAGAACACAAUGGCCUCCAUCAUUCUUAAAUGGAAGAAGUUUGGAACCACCAAGACUCUUCCUAGAGCUGGCCACUCGGCCAAACUGAGCAAUCGGGGGAGAAGGGCCUUGGUCAGGGAGACGACCAAGAACCCGAUGGUCACUGACAGAGCUCCAGAGUUCCUCUGUGGAGAUGGGAGAACCUUCCAGAAGGACAACCAUCUCUGCAGCACUCCACCAAUCAGGCCUUUAUGGUAGAGUUGCCAGACGGAAGCCACUCCUCAGUAAAAGGCAGGGGGGUAUACAGAAGAUAGCCCUAUUUGGUAAAAGACGUUUGGAUACACCUACUCAUUUAAGGGUUUCUCUUUAUUUUUUACAUUGUAGAAUAGGUCAGUCAAUACGGAACAUUUCAAGAACUUUGAAAGUUUCUUCAAGUGCAGUCGCAAAAACCAUCAAGCGCUAUGAUGAUACUGGCUGUCAUGAGGACCGCCACAGGAAUGGAAGACCCAGAGUUACCUCUGCUGCAGAGGAUAAGUUCAUUAGCGUUAUCAGCCUCAGAAAUUGCAGCCCAAAUAAAGGCUUCACAGAGUUGAAGUAACAGACACAUUUCAACAUCAACUGUGUGAAUCAGGCUAUGGUCGAAUUGCUGCAAAGAAACCACUACUAAAGGACACCAAUAAUAAGAAGAGACCUGCUUGGGCCAAUAAACACGAGCAAUGGACAUUAAACCGGUGGAAAUGUGUCCUUUGGUCUGAUGAGUCCAAGUUGGAGAUUUUUGGUUCCAACUGCCGUGUCUUUGUGAGACACAGUGUGGGUGAACGGAGGAUCUCUGCAUGUGUAGUUCCAACCGUAAAGCAUGGAGGAGGUGUUAUGGUGUGGGGGUGCUUUGAUGGUGACACUGUCUGUGAUUUAUUUAGAAUUCAAGGCACACUUAACCAGCAUUCUGCAGCGAUACCCCAUCCCAUCUGGUUUGGGCUUAGUGGUACUAUCAUUUGUUUUUCAACAGGAGAAUGAUCCAACACACCUCCAAGAAGCAGAGUGAUGGAGUGCUGCAUCAGAUGACCUGGCCUCCACAAUCCCCCAACCUCAACCCAAUUGAGAUGGUUUGGGAUGAGUCGGACGGCAAAGUGAAGGAAAAGCAGCCAACUAGUGCUCAGCAUAUGUGGGAACUCCUUCAAGACUGUUGGAAAAGCAUUCCAGGUGAAGCUGGUUGAGAGAAUGUUUAACACUUUUUUGGUUACUACAUGAUUCCUUAUGUGUUAUUUCAUAGUUUUGAUGUCUUCACUAUUAUUCUACAAUAUAAAAAUAAAGAAAAACCCUUGAAUGAGUAGGUGUGUCCAAACCUUUAACUGGUAGUGUACAUUUCCAAAAUGUUCUACAAACCUGUUUUUGCUUUGUCAUUAUUUCGUAUUGUGUGUAGAUUGAUGAGGACAAAAACAAUUUAAUCCAUUUUAGAAUAAGGCUGUAACGUAACAAAAUGUUGAAAAAGUAAAGGAGUCUGAAUACUUUCCGAAUGCACUGUAUAUAAAAACUGGAUUUCUGAUGCUAUCUAUUGGCCAUUGAGAGGCUUUGAAGCCACCGGUUGGCCAUAUUGGCACUCCCCAGUAGGAGCAGUCCUCCAUUGGAGUGAAUGGAAUUCUACAGUAUUUGAAUUAAAUGUUUCAAUGACAAAAUUGCAUGUAUUUAAGUAUUUUUUUGUUGUUGUAGUCGGGACCGUAACAUUAGUUAUCUCCAAAAAUUAUACUUGAAGGAAAAUGUUUUUAUUCAUAUAUAUAAAAAAAACAAUGUUUACCUCACAUAUAAUUUAAACGUAUGUAUUAAGGUGUCUGUAAUAGAAUGAAUGUGGCAAAAACAAAUGUAGACCUUAAUAAAUGCAUUUCUAUAGCUUCCAAAAUAUUUUUUACAAUGGUGGGGGAGUGGCAAGAUGGAGGUGUGGGGGCUUCAACACAGCGCCCCCCUAUCAGUCAUCUAGUGUAUAACUCUUAUGGCUAGGGACAGGAAAUUUUCCUGAACUUCAAGCCGUAGUUUGAGCCUAUAGUACUGUGACAGCACCACAGGUCCCAGAAUUGUGUGGCAUUUUUUUUAAAAUCUGGGGCCUGUAGUUUUUCCUGAUCUGGUAACCUAACCAGGUAGCACUCUGGACCUUACCUUACGGUAUGACGUGAUUAAUCUGUUGUAAAGGGUUUAAAAUUGGCUAUGAUUGGAUCAGAGUUUUUCUAAUCUGGUCACAUGGUUUAAAAAAGCUCCUGGAAAAACUGCUGGCAUUGGAGUGGAUGAAAACCCUGUCAAACUGCAGCAACCUUGUACCUGUUCAUAUGAAUUAUAUUUUAAAGAAGGAAAAGGGGGGGGGGGGGUUUCUUAUACACAGACACAGAGAAAGCAACAUAAUUGGACGAUGAAACUCACAGGGCUGAGCUUGCUUUAUGCAGGUUUGCAUCGUGAAGUCCUGCCCUAUGCAACUGUAGGCCAAGUGCUGUCAGUUAUAGUGUUUAUUUAUAGUAUGACGCUACAAGCUUGGCACUCCUGUAUUUGGAGAAUUUCUCCCAUUCUUCUCUGCAGAUCCUCUCAAGCUCUGUCAGGUUGGAGGGGGAGCGUCGCUGCACAGCUAUUUUCAGGUCUCUCCAGAGAUGUUCGAUCGGGUUCAAGUCCGGUCUCUGGCUGGGCCACUCAAGGACAUUCAGAGACUUGUCCCGAAGCCACUCCUGCGUUGUCUUGGCUGUCUGCUUAGGAUCGUUGUCCUGUUGGAAGGUGAACAUUCGCCCCAGUCUGAGGUCCUGAGCGUUCUGGAGCAGGUUUUCAUCAAGGAUCUCUCUGUACUUUGCUCCGUUCAUCUUUCCCUCGAUCCUGACUAGUCUCCCAGUCUCUACCGCUGAAAAACAUCUGCACAGCAUGAUGCUGCCACCACCAUGCUUCACCGGAGGGAUAGUGCCAGGUUUCCUCCAGAUGUGACACUUGGCAUUCAGGCCAAAGAGUUCAAUCUUGGUUUCAUCAGACCAGAGAAUCUUGUUUCUCAUGGUCUGAGAGUCCUUUAGGGGCCUUUUGGCAAACUCCAAGCGGACUGUCGUGCCUUUUACUGAGGAGUGGCUUCCGUCUGGCCACUCUACCAUAAAGGCCUGAUUGGUGGAGUGCUGCAGAAAUGGUUGUCCUUCUGGAAGGUACUCCCAAAUCCACAGAGGAACUCUUGAGCUCUGUCAGAGUGACCAUCGGUUUCUUGGUCACCUCUCUCACCAAGGCCCUUCUCCCCCGAUUGCUCAGUUUGGCCAGCGGCCAGCUCUAGGAAGAGUCUUGGUGGUUCCAAACUUCUUCCAUUUAAGAAUGAUGGAGGCCACUGUGUUUUUGGGGUCCUUCAAUGCUGCAGACAUUUUUUGGCACCCUUCCCCAGAUCUGUGCCUCGACACAAUCCUGUCUCGGAGCUCUACGGACAAUUCCUUCGACCUCAUGGCUUGGUUUUUGCUCUGACAUGCACUGUCAACUGUGGGACCUUUAUAUAGACAGGUGUGUGCCUUUCCAAAUCAUGUCCUAUCAAUUUAAUUUACCACAGGUGGACUCCAAUCAAGUUGUAGAAACAUCUCAAGGAUGAUCAAUGGAAACAGGAUGCAUCUGAGCUCAAUUUCAAGACUCAUAGCAAAGGGUCUGAAUACGUAUGUAAAUAAGAUCUUUCUGUUUUAAAAUUUUUUUCAUAAAUUAGCAAAGAUUUUAAAAAAAAUAACUGUUUUCACUUUGUCAUUAUGGGGUAUUGUGUGUAGAUUGAUGAGGAUUUUUUUUAUUUAAUCAAUUUUAGAAUAAGGCUGUAACGUAACAAAAUGUGGAAAAAGUAAAGGGGUCUGAAUACUUUCCGAAUGCACUGCAUGCUUAAGCAAAAGCUAGCCGAAGAGCCAUUUUACUGGUUGAAGUUGAAGUGUUUUUUUAAGUAUAAUGCAGUUGAUUUGCAAUGAUGACACAAACAUUGUAUUAGGCAGGAUAUUCAUACGAGCCUUAAAAUUCAAUUAUAAUCCAAAAGUAAUGUGAAAUGCACUCAUAAUCAACAUGUAAAUAGAGGCUUUUUUUGCUGCCGUUCUAUAAGAACUCCCCCUUGUUCUGCCACCAACUUGCACGCAUCGCCCUCCUGCGGCAAUGUUUGCAAACACAGAAAGUUGUCUAUGCAGCUGCUGUUGUUAGCAGCCUACAGUUGAUUAGACUGAAAAAUGGUCUCAUUUCCAUGCAAUACAGCAUGUAAGAUCGCUAAUGUUUAGGUGUAUAGGCUACUACAUUUAUGGAAGAGUUUUUGCUUGUGUCUGUCGGGAGUGAUGUGUUAUCACGCUUGCUAAAUAAAUCCUUGAGGAAAGUGGAGAGCGGGCCUUGAGCGUUGUGCCCGGCCCGCAUGACCUGCGAUUUCCGUGAAUCUGAUUGGUCAAGACACGUAGCCUGUAGCAGCACUCCGAUGUGAAGAACAGAUAAAUUGUGCACGAGUUUACAAAUCAUGAGGCAAAUCAGUAAAAAACACAGCACUUUGCCCCUCUUUUUAAUGCUUUGCGUCGAUAUAUUCAACUUAAACAAAAGUGAUUGACAAGUGCUGUGGCAAAUUACACCUCGCCACACGUUUUCCGGUGGCCCUGGAACCAUUGGUUGUGUGUGAUUUUCUUUACCAGGUCUACAGGAGUGUGUUGAUCUCUGGAAAGAAGAAACGUCACUCGGGCUGCAGCGUGGGAAACACACAGAGCUCUCCCACAGACACCAGCCAGAAGCAGGGUAAGAACACACACACACUCUGUGUUAGGCCUGGGUUACAUGUUGAGACGCUAACUCUUUUUCCUGGACCUCUCCUCCCCUCCCUCUGUCUAUUUUCCCUCUCCCUCUCUCUUUACCCCCUUCAGGGUGUGGAGACAGCAGCCCGGUGCCCAUGUGUUCCACCAGCAGCCUACCUGCCCCCCAGCCUGGCAGCACCCCAUCCACCCCCACCCUGGCCCCCUCCACCUCCCCCUCCUCAUCCCUCCCUCCCUCUCAGGAGCAGGUUAAGGAGGGGGGAGUUGUGGGGGAGGAGGAGCGAGGAGACCUCAUCCACUUCUACAACCGGGUCUACAUCAAACAGAUGCGUCACUUUGCCCUCCGCUACUCGCCCAGCUCGCCCUCUGUAGGGGUGAGUGAGAGAGGGAGGGAGCGGGUGGUUGGAGCUUGGGGCGGGGGGUGCAUGGGAGGAAAUGAGAGAAAGAUAGGAAAGGGAGAGAUGAAAGAGGAGAAGAAGUAACAGAAAGUUAUGUUUACAACUUAGAAGAAAAGAGAAACCCACACGCUGCUCUUGCUAGUGUCUUUACAAACUUAACUCUAUUCUGCAAACCUAUUGGUUAAAAGCAAGAGAGGUAGAGAGUGAGGGGAAAAUGAGGGGACAUUUACAAACAGGAUACAUUGGAACAAUUAAUGUAUGUUUUGAAUAGGUAUCUGCCUAUGCUCUUAUAAUAUGUUUGUUUUUGUGACCGGUGCAGUCUCCUCCCCUGUGCCCGUACCCCUCCCUGAGGACCAGCUCCCCUCGCAGGGUCCUCCUGUCCCACAACCACUCCAUCUACAUCUCCCCCCACAAGACUACUACUGGAAGCCCCCCCACCCCCUCCACUACUGCACGGGACAAGAUCUUCUACUACAUCUGCAGCAGCCCAGCCAACGUGAGUCACAAGUACAUACAUACUCAUGCACACAAUGUAGGCUGGUUCACAUUGGUUCAGCACAGUACUUUUCAAACCCUGACAGUGACUCAUUGAUUAGUUUAAUCAUACCAUACCUGACGUGUGAUGAUGAUGAUGAUGAUGAACCCUCCCUGACCUGUGUCUAUGAUUUCUAUCUCUGUCUGUGCAGCGCCUGGCGGAGAUCAACAGUAUGAUCCGCACCGGGGAGACGCCCACCAAGAAGCGCAGCAUGCAGCUUGAGGAGGAGCCAUCGCCCAAGAGGGUGUGUCCGGACAACCAGAUGGCCCUGCUCCGCAGACUACAGGACGUGGCCAAUGAC